AUGGAUACAAAGCCGGUAACAAUACCAAAGCUGUUAUAUGGCACAGCUUGGAAAAAGGAUGCUACCGCUGACUUGGUACUCCUAGCCUUGAAGGCUGGCUUCCGAGGCAUCGAUACUGCAGCUCAGCCACGUCAUUAUAAGGAGCCGCUGGUUGGCGCGGCUGUAAAGUCAGCAAUAUCAUCAGGAAUUGUAAAGAGGAGUGAUCUGUUUAUCCAAACCAAAUUCACUUCAAUAGAUGGCCAAGACCCAGAUAAUUUGCCCUAUGAUCUUGAUGAGCCACUUGAGAAGCAAGUACACGCCUCAGUGGCUUCGUCACUUCGAAAUUUUGCCUAUUCAGAUUCAGACCCAUCCUACAUUGACAGCUUAGUCCUCCACUCACCACUUCGCACCUUGGAAGAUACUAUCACGGUCUGGAAAACGUUCGAGACAUACGUGCCCCACCAAAUCAGACAAUUGGGGAUUUCCAACACGCCUAUACAGAUCGUUGACUAUCUAUGUAACAGUUCUGAUAUCACAGUUCGUCCAGCUUACGUACAGAAUCGCUUCUACCCAGCAACGCGCUGGGAAAGGGACCUGCGGGCAUUCUGCCGGGAGAGAGGCAUUGUGUUCCAAACUUUUUGGACGCUUUCCGGGAACCCCCAUCUACUGAAGAGUGCGCCAGUGCAAAAGCUGGCCACUAGUACGAAUGUCGAACCGCCCGUCGCGUUGUAUGCGCUUGUGCUGGGCCUUGAAGGUACAACAGUUCUAGAUGGAACUACCAAUGAGACGCACAUGAAGGAUGACCUCCAAGGUAUUGAGGUUGUGAAUGAUUUCGCACGGAGCGAGGAAGGCCGACCUGUCUGGUCGGAACUUUUGGGACAAUUCAAGAAGCUUAUUGGAGAAAAGGCGUAG